CGUUGCGCGAUCAAUGGCCGAGUAUCCGUGCUCGCCUUCACACGUGCGAGACCAGUAGUAGUCCAGGUAGUGCCGUCAAAAAAAGAAAAAAAUCAGUGACAGUGGCAUGCAGUGUUAGUGCAGUGCUGUAUGCACCCGAGUGUGACCAGGUGCACCUUCGAGCUGGAUCAUCCAGGCGGUUUCGCGUCUUCGCCCUGGGCGGCCGUCUUGGGGCACCAUUCGGCGGCUGCGGCAGCGGCGGCGGCUGCAGCUGGUACCAUGAUGCAGACCGGAGACCACCACGGCUACGGCCCCCCGCACCAUACACCCCCAGGUCCCAUGGACCUCCACAUGCCACAGGCUUUUCCCUACUAUCGGUAUAGAGAAGACGCCCUGUGUUGGCCUGAGCGGAAACCAUCCGCUGACGACGUUGGCAACCCUUCUUCUGUAAACGCACGAUCAUGGAAAGGUGACUUCUUUACGGGAUCUGGCAACAUCCUAGAGCUGCGGAAAGAAAAGAGCAGAGAUGCUGCACGUACAAGAAGAGGAAAAGAAAACUAUGAGUUCUAUGAACUAGCCAAAAUGCUACCACUUCCACAAGCUAUAACCUCACAACUAGACAAAGCCAGUAUUAUACGAUUGACUAUAUCUUACCUGAAACUUAGGGAUUUUUCUGGACAUGGUGACCCACCAUGGAAUAGGGACAGUCCACCGCCAAAUAAAACUCUCAAAACAUCCAGAAGUCGAGCUGCAAGUACCUUGGAGAUGAAUUCAUUCGAGCAAUACCAAGGAACACACAUAUUGCAGGCGUUAGAUGGAUUUGCACUGGCCCUAGCAGCAGACGGGCGUUUCCUGUACAUUUCGGAGACGGUGUCGAUCUAUCUAGGACUUUCGCAGGUGGAAAUGACAGGAAGCAGUGUCUUCGACUAUAUCCAUCACCAAGAUCACAAUGAGUUGGCUGAGCAACUGGGAUUAGGACUAACGCAAGGCCAGAAUUUACCAUCACCAGGUAGUGGUUCUGAAGAGAGUUCUUCAACGGCAGGAACGAACAAUCCCGACGGUAAAGUGUCUACUAUUAUGAGCCUAGGGAGCAACGCACAGUACAAAGGAUACGAUAGAGCUUUUUGCAUUCGAAUGAAAUCAACCUUAACCAAAAGAGGCUGUCAUUUCAAAUCGUCAGGUUACAGGGUUGUCCUGAUGCUAUGUAGACUGAGGCCACAGUACACGUUCUCGCAUUCGAGAAAGUCCCAGCCACCACUUUUGGGUAUGGUGGCUGUAGCCAUAGCACUGCCUCCUCCAAGCGUUCACGAGAUCAGACUGGAAACCGAUAUGUUCGUUACUAGAAUCAACUUCGAUUUCCGAAUAGCCCAUUGUGAACCGAAAGUUUCUGAUUUGUUGGAUUACACACCCGAAGAACUGACUGGAAAGAACCUAUACUCAUUGUGCCAUGGAGAAGAUGCCAAUAAAUUAAGAAAAUGUCACAUAGACUUAAUAAAUAAAGGUCAAGUCUUGACCCAUUACUACCGACUUAUGAACAAGAAUGGCGGUUAUACUUGGCUACAAACAUGCGCCACUGUUGUCUGCAACUCAAAGAACGCAGAAGAGCAGAACAUCAUCUGCGUCAAUUACGUUAUCAGUGGCAGAGAGUACGAGAACAUGGUCAUGGAUUGCUGCCAGAUGGAGGAGAACAACCAUCACGUGAAGCGCGAAGAGGCCAAUAGCAACGACCCAGAGAAUGGCUCACCAGAUGCCGAUCGUGGAGAUGGCCGGAAUAGCGGAGGACCACCCAACCAGCCUCAGGACCCGAAGCAGACGCCCAACCUCGAGGACAGCAGUGCCGGUCCAACACCAGGAGCCACUGGGAACGCAGACGACAACAGCGAGCUCAGAACCAGGCGACUGGAUCACAUUUCCCAGCUCCAGACCGCCACCCCAGAUCAAAGGCAGCAAAUCGGACCACAGAGAGGCACCAAGCGGAAGAAUGGCUCAUCGGACGAAGACGAGAUGGAAGAACAUCAGUCGCCAUCCUUGAGGAACAACGUCAUCAGUCCGGCGUCAUCUUCAUGUCACUCUACCGCAGGUAAUCACCCAAUCAGCAGCGAGUCUACGGGUACCAGUCCGAAGAAUUUAGAAGAACCGACCAACAGUGGAACGUCUGUUAAAGAUUUAGAACACGCCAUGUCGAAGCAUCUACCUGUCUGUAAGUCACCCUCUCAUCAACCAACAGAUUUCAGCACGGAUGCUCUUCUGAAGCAGCAGCAGAAGACGACGAUCCAGUGGAUCGGCACUCACCACCAGCAGCUCCAACAGCAGAGUCCUCUUCCGGCCUCAGCUCUUUUACGGCAGCUUUACGCUAACAGGGAGAGUGUGAUACGUGCUAAUGUGCAUGGUAUCACCAGUUCAACUGGACGAUCUAAUAGUUCUUCGACGAAUUACUAUUCGUCUGAUGGACAGGUCGGAGUUGGGCCUCUACCGACGCCUCCAAGUGAAGGUUCCUCGUCUUACAGCGAGCACCAGUUCUUGUUGUCUCAACACCAGAACUAUCCAGGUGGUUAUUCCAUGGAUUAUCACUCCGCCAUGACUCCUCCGUCCAGUGUGUCUCCUAGAGACAAGCACCAGCAGUUACACAGUAGCGUUCCUUUCGACACAGCCAUGCCAUAUCAGGAUGUCUUGAGGCACCAGUAUCCAGAUAGUCCGCUUCCACUUAAGCCACAGGUGUAUUCCUACGUUGAUCAACCUCAGUUUUACCACCAUGGUGCGACGGGACCUGGUUUUCACCUGUACCAUCCUAGUAAAAGUACACCUGCAGCACCAGCGAAUUGGUACUCUCCCUCAUAGUGUAAAUAAUUGAAAUACGCAGAGUGAGUUCUGACCACGUUCCUUAUAAAAACUUUUUCGUGAACGAUUUCUAAUUGUUAAUAUUCCGGUAUUACUUUAUUGCUAGUGUAAUGUUGGUAUUGUGUUAUUGUAUUUUUUAAUGCAAAAUGUAGUCGGCAAAAAUGCAAAAAUGCUCGUUCAACUACUCCUAAACCAAAGAUAAUGCAAUUCUGAGAUAUAAGACUGCGUUUGGUUAGAUACAUUUAUAACGAAUUAGUGCAGUUGCAUAUCAAAUUGGAAACAUAUUAAUGCUUUCAUAUCUCUCAGGAUUGUUUGAUAUUCACAUCAUUAUCAAUUGUAAAAUAAGGUGGAAAAAUAGUGUACAGGAGGCGUUUAUUCCACAGAUGUUUAAUUGUUUGGGUGUCAAGUACACUUUAACAUGAUGAAACCAAUGAGUCCUGUUAUGACAAGAGUUUUAAAAUAUUUAAUCGUUCUUUUCGCAUCCUAAACAUUAUGGUAAAGUGGACUUCCGCCAAAAAGAAUUAUAAUUUAAUUUUAUAUCAAUACUGAAAUGCUAAUAUCAUACCGGCUAGAUCAUAAAAUGUAAAUAAAUGAAUGUAUGUAUGUUAAUCCUUUUGUUGGGCAUAGGUGAAACUAAAAAUGUUUUAUUUGGAAUUCUACCCUAAAAAUGAGCUAAUCGGGCCAAUUCGAACAAUUUUGUUUGAAAGAAUGAGUAUUAUUCGAUGGAAAUAUCAGUUUUGUGUAACCAGAAGAACUUUCUCAAAGACUUUUCAUAUUUUGUUCACUCCAAAGAUAUUUCAGGAUCCAUGCUCGACUGUACGAUCAUUAAAGGUGCUGACAAUGUAGAAAUGUGAUAUUUUCUUUAAUUUGUUACUUUACUUGUUCCAGAUAUUAGAAUUAGUUGUGUUAUGUUGUCAGAUAGUGUGCAGUACAAAUUUAAUAAAUGAACAACAGCUUCAUGGAUAUGUAGCAUACAUAUUUAUGUGCAAUAUAUACUUAAUUUGAAUUUCAUUUACAAUCAUGUAUCAUCUAUCUAUUAUAUUGACAUUAGUAUGUUAUUUCUAUAUUUUCAUUUUGAUCAGAUUAAGGAAUAAGAUUGUCACACAUUCUUGAUGUAUAUACAGCAAAUAUACUUAAUCUUUUACUUUUCAA